AUGGCUAACUUAAGAUUCAACGAAGAUUACCAUAACUCUUUUGACCCAAAAUCGUUUCUCGAACAGUUUUAUGGAAAAUUGAAGGGAGACGAAAAUGAAUAUGGAUCUCCUGUGCGGAUUAUUAAAGCAUUUCACGAGUUUUGGUCGACCUUUAAGGCACCAACAGACACGGAACUGACGGAAGUUCGAUAUCUCGAUUUUGGUGGUGGACCAAAUAUAGCCAAUCUUGUUUUUGCUUGCCCAAAAGUGGAUCAUAUUGUCUUUGCCGAGUAUACAGAAGUGAAUAGAGAAGCCGUGAAAUCGUGGAUUGCUGGCGACACUGACGCUUUCGACUGGAUGCCUUUAAUUGAAAUCGCUGUUCUUGAACUCGAGCAAGGACGUGGCAUUGUAGAAAGUCCUGUUUUACGAACAGACAAAGAGAAGCUCGACUGUGUAAAUCGUGCUAAUGAACUGAAACGAAAAAUAAAAUCUGUUAUCCCAUGUGACGUGACCAAAGUACCAAUAGUUGAACUUGGUACUGAUGAUGUUGCUAAACCGUUCGACGUCGUGUCCACCAGUUUCUGCCUAGAGUCAUGUGUGUCUUCUGAGGUGCACUAUAAGAAAACCGUCGCAGAACUUUGCAAAUUACUCAAACCAAAUGGUUAUCUGUUCAUGAUCGGCGUGCUGAAGGAGACUUUUUAUAUUGUCGGCGAAGAAAAGUUUUCUGUCUUUCCACUGACUGAGAAAAUGGUGAAAGAAGCAAUGAAUGAAGUCGGAAUGGAAAUUGUGAAAUUUGUAUCAACUCCAAUACUGCACUCAACAGAGCUUGGAGAUGGUAAAUUCAUAUAUUAUACUUAUUGCAAGAAAUCUGCGGCCAGAAAGUGA